CCCGGUGCAGUGUGGGAAGGGCAGAGUGACGGUUGGUGAUGGCGGCCGUGGAGGUGAAGCAGGAGCCGGAGAGCGCGGAGCAGGGGGACGGAGAGCCAGCCUCCAAGAUUGCGAGGUUACAUCCUCAGGAGGAGGAGGAGGAUGACCGAAGCAGGCACUGCCCCUAUCUGGACACUAUCAAUCGGAGUGUGUUGGAUUUUGACUUUGAAAAGCUGUGCUCCGUCUCCCUCUCCCACAUCAACGUAUAUGCUUGCCUGGUGUGUGGCAAAUAUUUUCAAGGGCGAGGCCUGAAGUCGUACGCCAACAUUCACAGCGUUCAGGUGGGGCACCAUGUCUUUCUGAAUCUGCACACGCUGAAGUUUUACUGCCUGCCAGACAACUAUGAGAUCAUUGACUCUUCCCUUGAGGAUAUCACGUACGUACUGAAGCCAACAUUUACCAAACAGCACAUCGCGAACCUGGACAAACAGUCAAAGCUGUCACGAGCGUACGAUGGGACGACCUACCUGCCAGGAAUUGUGGGAUUGAACAAUAUCAAGGCCAAUGACUAUGCUAACGUAGUACUACAGGCCCUGUCUAAUGUCCCUCCAUUGCGGAACUAUUUCCUGGAGGAAGAGAACUACAGGGAUAUCAAGCGUCCUCCAGGGGACAUUAUGUUCCUGCUGGUGCAGAGAUUCGGGGAGUUGAUGAGGAAACUGCGAAAUCCCCGGAACUUCAAGGCUCACGUCUCUCCACAUGAGAUGUUACAGGCUGUUGUGCUGUGCAGCAAGAAACGUUUUCAGAUCACCAAACAAGGUGAUGCUGUUGACUUUCUGUCGUGGUUCCUGAACGCACUCCAUAUGGCGCUAGGAGGGAACAAAAAAAAGAGGACCAUCAUCAACAGCGUGUUUCAGGGAUCCAUGCGAAUCUUUACAAAGAAGCUGCCUCCACCAGACCUGACACCGGAGGAGAAAGAGCAACUGCUGGAAAUGGAGGAGUUCAAGGAGACAAUGACGGAGUCCGCUUUCUUAUACCUGACCCUAGACCUUCCCACAGCCCCUCUGUACAAGGAUGAGAAGGAGCAACUGAUCAUUCCGCAAGUGCCCCUCUUCAACAUCCUGGCAAAGUUCAACGGCAUCACAGAGAAGGAGUAUAAGACCUACAAGGAGAAUUUCCUAAAGAGGUUCCAGCUGACAAAGCUCCCCCCUUACCUCAUCUUCUACAUCAAGAGAUUCACAAAGAACAACUUCUUCAUAGAGAAGAACCCCACUAUUGUUAACUUCCCGAUCACGAAUGUUGACCUCAGGGAAUACCUGUCUGAGGAAGUUCAGGCCAUUCACAAACAAACGACGUAUGACCUGAUUGGAAAUGUGGUCCACGAUGGGAAACCGGGCGAGGGGGCCUAUCGGGUCCAUGUGCUUCAUCACGGCACGGGCAAGUGGUAUGAGUUGCAGGAUCUACAGGUGUCUGACAUCUUGCCACAAAUGAUCACCCUAUCGGAGGCUUACAUACAGAUAUGGAAGAGACGCGAGGACAGUGAUGAAAGUCUGCCCAGUCAGAAAGGAGCGUGACAGAGGUAAAGUUUGGGAGCAAGUGCACGUUACCCCUGGGAAGUCGGAUUUACUGGGUUGGAGCUGCAAAUACACGGCAAUAUUCGAAUGUGCUCCUGAAUGUACUCCAUAAACUGAAAUGCCUGCAAAGUGUGGAUCGGUCACACAGAUGUCGCAGGGCGUGCAGACUGCUCUGUCAGGUCUAAGUCUGCAGUUGCUCUCUUACUGACACCAAUAGGUUUGCAAUAACACCUUGGCUAUCUCUGAAUCUCUGAGAUGUUGCUGUGUACGUUCUAGUAGAACAAGCCGUGUUUCAAGGAAUGCUGUACAAUUCACCUGGAAGCAUGACUGACCGAUUUUUAUCAUCUUUGCUCGUGGAGUCCUGGCAGAUUUAUUCCCACAGGAUGUUACAAGCCUCAAUGUGUUUUGGUUAUCCCGUUACUUCCUUUUGUUUUGUUCAUGCUCUUUUCUGUUCCUGUGCUGUUAAAGCAGCUGCUGUGGAGGUGGGAGUAGAAAGCCCUCUCCCAGACUUCCUUCAGAUAAGGAAGUGUACCGAAAUGUGUUUAAAAAUACCCGAACUGAAAUGUUGUAUGGAACAAAGGUGAAGCAGAACCUGACAAACAGCCUUUUUGAAUAGUCUCCUGACUGUUGGAACAUUAAUUAAAGCAGUCUCAGGAUUCAGUUUUACUCACAUUAGAGUUUGAAAUAAUUCCUCUUGAUGGUAAUUGUUUUUCCAAAAACAUAGGAGUAGAACAUUUCACUUCUGACUUGUUUUCCCUCAUCGAUUUACUGUGCCUCUGUUAGGGUCAUUAAAGUUUCCAUUGGAAAAUC